AUGGCCGUUCUUGAAGGAGGUAUAGCGGUACUUGCAACUUCUUCUGGUGUAGCGGCACAAUUUAUGGCAAUUGCAACAAUUUGCGUUGCUGGUGAUAAUAUAAUAUCAUCAUCAUAUCUUUACGGUGGUACUUAUAGUCAAUUUAAGGUUACGCUUCCGCGUUUAGGAAUCAACGUGAAAUUUAUUGAUGGUGAUGACCUGGAAGAAUUUGCAAAAUCGAUUGACGAGAAGACAAAAGCUAUCUAUGUUGAAACUAUGAGUAAUUCAAGGUUUAAUAUUCCAGACUUGGAAGCAAUUUCCAAAAUUGCUCAUGAUGCCGGUAUACCCCUUAUAGUUGAUAAUACUUUGGGUGCAGGUAAUUGCAAGGGUUAA